CUUUGUUAAACAUGUUGGUGCUUUAGUUAGCGAAGAACGCUUCAAAAUUGAGUCGACUGCAUAAUGUAGAGCGCGAAAGUUUCGAACGUGGUGGGCAGUUUCAGUACGCGCAUAAUUUUUAAGAAAAAUCGAUAAAAUUCCAAAUACGGACAUUGCUUUGACACUGGAAUUUUACAAGUUGACAUUUGGGCAAUGUAAACCAUGGAAAGUUUGUAUUCUUUCAUCGAACAACAUUUAAAUUACACAAGAUAAGGCGCCUCUAAAAUUACAUAUGGAAAAAAAAUUAAUUGGGCCUGUCCGGGAUUUGAACCCGGGACCUCUCGCACCCGAAGCGAGAAUCAUACCCCUAGACCAACAGGCCGGUGGAGAUCAGGAGCUGAGAUGUGGUACUAAUCGAUCAUCUAACCUUGAAUAUGCAUCAGACUUUCAAUUUCUUGCUCAAUUCAAAGUUGCUCCGUCAAAUAAUUUCAAAUGACUUUGAACGAAGAACUAGAUAUUUAUAAAGAUACACCCUUACGUCUAUUGGGAUAUGCCAAUGAAGUUGGUGAAUCAUUCAGACACAUUAUUGGACGAAAAUGGGUGAAUUUUUCCUAUGGCAUAGCCACGUUGUACGUUAUAGCUGAUACCAUUGAUAAAACGUGGAAAUCUUAUGAGAAAAACAAGGAAGAUCCAAAGUGUUUCAAAAAAGUAACAUUCCAGUGUGUUGACACAUUAACAUGGCAAAUGCUUGCUUCUGUAGUGAUUCCAGGAUACACAAUUAAUAGGAUUUGUGCAUUAUCUACCUACCUCAUUAACAAAAGUAAUCUUGUUUCUAAAAAUGCAUGCAGAAUUAUUGUGCCUGGCAUAGCUCUAGCAUCAAUUCCUUUUAUUAUAAAACCUAUAGAUCAUGGAACAGAUUAUUUGCUAGAUAAUUCUCUUAGGAAAAUAGAAAUAUGAUAAAAUUCAAAGUUGAUUGUAGUUAUAGAGAUAUUGUUCUCGAAUAAAUUUUAAUUAGUUCAUUA